UAUAGGCUAAUAUUAUCAGAGGUGUCUCACAUGGGUGUGCCAUGAGCUGUCUGUGCUGACACGGUCAUUUGUUUACUGAGAAAUGCUGAACAGCACACCUAGUUUCGUUUUCCCCGUCUUCAUUUACUUAAGUUUCGUUUUCGAGUCCAGUCCAAUUGUAUGGUUGCUUGCCAAUUGUUGAUGUCCAGUUUCGCUUGUAAUUCGGCCUCAUAAGACACAGUCUGCAAGAGACGAGAGAUACCAACAAAAUGGCAAGACGCAUGAUACUUAACUUAGGACAGUGGUGUUCACGCAUUUUUGGAGUCGAGUGUGACAAAAGGACGGGUCCUGUCUAUUUUGCCUUGCACAAGGAUAAACAGACAGACCAGAGAGGAAAUGAAUUAAGACAACUAUUCGGAGAUGGAAAAGUCUACUCAUUUCACGUCCGCUGCAAAGACAGAAUUCAGAGAUCGAAAUUCGACGAGCUUCUCCAAAACAAAUUAUCAUCCAUUCCCUCAGACGACUGCACUAUCAUGGAAAUGUCAUCAUUCUUGCCCAGUGUACAACAAUCGUUCAUUAAAGGAUUUCUUUUAAAACUCAAUUCUGAUAACACGAUCACAGAGAAGGUGGUUGACGAACUUCUGCGUGUGGACGCAGUGUCUGUCUGUUCCUAUGUUCAAGAUAGAGACGAAGUCUGGUGGCAGCAACACUUGUCUCCGUCUGAGGAGGGGACAGUGAUGUCUACAAGAUACUGUGUAAUUGCAACAGGAGCACCGGAACUUCACCCCUCAAUUCUAAACAUCAUUAACAACGACGUUUUCUACAGCUUCGAAGAAGCGUAUAACGUUUUGACGGAGUGCAGUGACAUCAUUCCUGAGUCAAAGGCUGUUCUGGAUCUAGCGGAUCAGCGAAUAGAUCUGAGUGAGACUGGCAAGUUCCCAGUAAUUGUCAUCGAAGGACUCGAUGCCACAGGUAAAACAACACUGACGGAGUCUUUGAAGGAGGCCAUGAAUGCUGCGCUGCUCAGGUCCCCUCCCCACUGCCUGGCUCCACUGAGACCACGCUUUGACUGUGAGCCCCCCCUCAUCCGCAGAGCCUUCUAUGCCCUGGGGAACUACAUCACCGCUGGGCAGAUAGCCAGGGAGUCAUCAAAGGCUCCUGUCAUUGUAGACAGGUACUGGCACAGCACAGCAGCAUACGCCAUCGCUACAGCUGUGAGCGGAGGCGUGGGAAACCUGCCAGCCAGCAGGUCAGAAGUGUACCGCUGGCCGAAGGACCUGCUGCCGCCCAGCCUGGUCCUGCUGCUGACCAUCGACCCCGAGGAGAGGCAGAGGAGGCUGCGGGGCCGAGGCCUGGAGCAGACCCGAGAGGAGGCCGAGCUGGAAGCCAACCACCUGUUCCGCCAGAAAGUGGAGGAAGCUUACAGAAGGAUUGAGGACCCAGCCUGCGUCACUGUGGAUGCCAGUCCUUCUCCAGACAAAGUGCUCCAACAAGUGCUGCUUUUAAUUAAGAACAAAUGCCACUUGUAAACAAGCUCGCUUGCUCUCCCCUCUCUCUCUCACACUUCCUCACCGCCUCACCAAGGGAGGAGCCAGUUCCCCCUCAGCUCCACUAGGUGGCAGUGUAGUGUUGUGGAAGAGCCUCUCAAGUCCAGCAGAAAGCUCCAGUUCUGAGAGAAGGUGCUCACAGCAGGGGUGCAGACAUGGCAGAGGGCCAGCGUCGGAGCGCGCCCAUCAGGACCCAGUAUCUGGACAUGUCACAACACGUUUGGCUCUUCCACAGCAGCCCUGGUGAGAAGGAGGAGAGGAGAGGGGGGAGGGGAGUUAUUAUGGACGCCGGUAUUUUCUGUCAGCAGCGGCCCUCUGACUGUUCACUGGGAAGCAGCGUUCGGCGGCGCCUUAUUCCUAAACCACAGGAAACUAAAGGGCUUAGUCUGCGCGUUCAUCAAUCACUUAUAUUACAUUUAAGCAGAGGAGCCCACAGAGGUUAACACUGUACUUUUUCUUCCAGGCACUGAGGACAAGAACACAGCCUAAGAGCUAUCGUAGCCAUUUGGCAAUUUCGAGCCAGGGCUGGGCAUGUAAUUAUUUAGGGCAUAGCAGUUGGUCUGCCCAGUGUUUUGAUGAUGGAUACAUUUAUAGAGUUAUGUGUGAAACACAUUACUGCUUUUCCAGAAGUUCCAACACUUGUUUAAUAAUAUAUGGUGUUGAUUUUUUAACCAUUGCUUAUAAAAAUAAACAGACCUUUUAUCAUUUCUCCACCCCCACCAUCAAUGCAUAAAGGCAUAUAACAGAGUUGUGCACUUUCAAAACUACACCCGGGCUGGAGUCCGGUUAAUUCAUAUAUUUACCCUCCUCUUUCCCAGCCCAACACACACACACACACACACACACACACACACACACACACACACACACACACACACACAGUCUCACACUCACACAGUCUCACAACAGACCUCAUAAUUGUGUAACGCAUAACUCAUUUAUAUGGCGGCUACUGUGGUAGCGCUGGUGACGGCAAGAUUAAUUAGACGUUUUACUAAUUAUGAGCUUGGCAAGGAUGUGGGCCGGAGAAGACGGAGUGACCCAUCUCCUUACACUGAUGCAUCAGCAGAGGGGAGAGCAGAGAGAGGACCUUAUUCAUAUGGCAAUUAAUGGAGAACUGUAGAUCACUGUCAACCCGCUUUCCCCAUCACUGCACUCUCAGAUGGACUCCUCAGGCAAUUAGCACAAUUCUUUUAUUUCUCAACUGGAUGCCACGGUACGUUAAAAAUGUCUUCCCCGUGUUCAUAUGCGCAGAUUAUGUAUGGAGCUGCCGUUCAGGCAAGAUUCAUUCAAGUUCAUUUCACAUACCCCACAUGUUUGUGUCUGAAACGUCGGAUUGAGUUGCACGGCGCCCAGUCCAGAUUCCAGAACGUUCUGAUGUCCUGAUCAAUAUACUGUAAAUCCUUUAAGGCCGCGCAUGCACGCAGAUCAAAUUUCAUCAGAUUACUGUAAAAAAACUUUCUUGGUUUUUAGGUCUCUGCUCACCAGUGACUGUAUUGUCUAGAUUUGUACCACUUGUUUCUCACAGACAUUCUAUAAAGUCCCACUGUGAGUCACUCAGUAGCGUAUUCAGUAGUUUAUGUGCCUGGGAAGGAAGGAAACAUGUCAGUGUGUCAGCUUUUAGACCGUUUAAGGCUCUGUAACACAAGCCCAAGGCAGGUCUCAGAGUGAGAAGAACUAUGAUGUCAAACACACAUUUAGUCCUCAGUUGUGUAGUCCUGUAUGUUUUGGCAUGAAACCACCAUGAAAAUAUAAUGUGAACUGAUGUAAUCCAGCAUGCCUGUAGGUAUCACAUGGCUUUCGUAUUAUAAAUCAAGAAUCCACUAUAGAUUGAGAAACCCUAUUUAAUGCACAGAAAGUUCACACGUAACUGCCAUAUUCCAUCCAAGCUCAUUUUGAGUUUGUGUUCCGCAACAAGCUUGUAAUUGCAUAUUAAAACAUUGUACUUACAUCAUUAAAAUGUCCUAUUACAUAUAAGCUUUGAA